AUGGCAAAAACACCAAAAGCAGGCACGCCAAAAGCGCCCAGUACAUCAUCUGCGGUUCUAACAGAUUUUCAAGAAGCAUUCAAAACUUCCAAGAGGGCAUACUUUGCCCAAAUUGACAAAAAUCCCAAACUGAAACUAAUUGACACAUUCUGUUUUUUCUUAGUAUUAUUGGGGUUGAUCCAAUUCACAUUCGUUAUCUUGAUUCGUGAUAAUUUUCCCUUCAAUGCGUUCUUAGCUGGUUUCAUUAUUUGUGUGGGACAAUUCGUCUUAUUGAUGAGUUUAAGGUUACAACUGUCUAACAGUUUUCCAGGCAUUUCAAGAAACAGAGCUUUUGGUGAGUUCAUUGUCGCUAGUUUGAUUCUACAUUUUGUUUGCUUACAUUUUAUAAAUUGA